GAACGACGUUUGGGGUGUCGAGACCUCGUCUCCUCCACUCACGGUCUGGCGGUCGAGACUGUGCCCCCCCAUGGACCCGCGCGCGGCGUUUCGGCACUUCGCAGGCGUUUCUCGGCCGGAACGAGGAGAUGGCGGGCGCUUGGAUUUGGAUUCCUUAAGUUGUGCCGUGAUCGCGGUCUUCGGCUUCAAGUUCAAGAAGCAGGACCUGAGGGAUCUCAUGGAACAGUACGCGUCUGAAUCUGGCCUCAAGAUGGAGGCCUUCCUGGCCCUGGUGGAAGACCGGAGGAGGGUCUUUGGAGAGCGUGAUAGAGCGCUAAGAUUGUUCUCAGCAUUGGACGUGAAGGAUCAAGGCUUCCUGGAUGUCAAGAGUUUUCACGAGCUGUGCCUGGAAACCUGCCGACCCUUGGGCGCCCAGAGCACCGAGCUCUUCCGGGACAUGGACCGCUCCAAGUCUGGUUCCGUGACCUUCUCCGAUUUCGAAGCCUACUUAGCGGGCGACGCCUCACCCUCCUCACCCCGCGCGGACCGCGCGGUGAGCGCGCGGACCGCGCCGGGCGCGGUGAGCCGGUGAGCUGAGACGACUUGGGUUUCAUGGAGAACGACGGAAAGUCGACCCAUGAGUUGGUUUCUUCCCCCAGUGUGGAC